AAGAUUGAUCCAAGAUUUGGAGAUUGAAUGAAUGUUGGGUGUGUUGGUUGUAUUAUGUAUAAUGUCGUGUGUAGUGUAGUGUAGUGUGGUAUAAGAACAGCAGCAGAAGAGGGGCAGUGAUGCAGUCACAGAUAUUUAACACCUCCAUUCCGACCAAACACUGUCACCCUUUACCGCUGCCAUCAUCAAGCCCUCUCCCAUAGGGCCAGAAUGAAUUCCUCUUCCCUAUAACUGUGAUCUCGUAUCUGCCUAUUGUGCUGAGCCUGAGAGAUGAAGAUUUUGUUAAAUUUUUUGCAAAACGACACGAGUUGGGUGGUUACCUAAGGUGGUUUGUCCGAGACCAAGAGGGUAUUAACGAACCCAAUCGUAUUGUGUAGUUUCAGUUUGGUUAGUACAUUACAUUACAAAGUGUAUAAAGGGGAGCUCAAUUGGCAAAAAGGCACAAAAGUGGUGUGUGUGGAGAGAGAGAGAAAAAAACAAAGAGGGAGAGAUAGAGAGAGAGGGCAAAAAGAUGGGUUAGGCUGAAAAGUGAGUUGGUAUAACAUUGUUGGUUUGGUUUAAUUUAGUUUCCUCAGUGCAGAGGGCUCUUUUAUUUUGGUGGUGAUGGAAGUGGGAAAAUUGAAUGGCAGGAACUUUUGGAAGAGGCAGAAGCAAGUUUCAGAGUGGUGGCAGUUGCACAAGCAACAAGAAGUGCAAAGCUGGGAGUGCAAGGAAUCAACAACCCAUUAGGAAUAAGUGCAAAGCUUCAUUAAAAGCUGGAAGAGGAAAAUCACAACAGGGGUCUGACUCUGGAUCCUAACAGGAAUUAUCAUCAUCAUCAUCUUCUGCAUCAACAACCUCAUCAUCAAAAUCUGAUUCUAAAUUCAAGAAGGCAUGUAACAAACCAAGAAGACCAAGAAUCUCAUCCUCACCAAUUCCAUAUCCAAUUCCAACAACAAAGGGAACAACAAUCCUACACAGCUUUAGACACGGAACUCUUAAACCCACUCCAACCACCAAAGAAACGGUCUUGCCGCCCGCCUCUUCCGCCGCCACCACCUUCCUCGCUUACUUUAUCCGAACAUGCAAGAAAAAUGGGAGAACCACAACACCCUCACCAGCACCAUCAACAAGCAGCAGCAACACCGUCGAGAGCGGCGAUGAGAGGCGGCGGCGGCGGCGAGAUUGUGGAGGUGCAAGGCGGCCACAUUGUCCGCUCCACCGGACGGAAGGACCGCCACAGCAAGGUCUGCACUGCCAAAGGCCCCCGAGACCGCCGCGUGCGCCUGGCGGCGCACACCGCCAUCCAGUUCUACGACGUCCAGGACCGCCUUGGCUACGACCGUCCCAGCAAGGCGGUCGACUGGCUCAUCAAGAAAGCCAAGGCAGCCAUCGACCAACUCGCGGAGCUCCCGCCAUGGAACCCCACCGCCACGCCAAUGCAACCGCCUUCCCAAGAAAUUGUCCACCGCGAAAACAAAUCUCUCGGGAUGGACGAUUCAUUGACAGCCUUCAGUUGCCGCGGCGAGAGCCCCGCUUUCGCCGCGGCUACUAGAGAUUCAGAACAAUUCUCUCACCCACAAGUAGAGCAGAAUGAAAAUGCUAACAACAUCAGCAGCAGCAGCAUCAGCAUCAAAUACAAUAGCGGUUCUGGUUUUCUGCCGGCGUCCUUGGACACUGACAAUAUUGCGGAGACAAUCAAGACUUUCUUUCCAGUGGAGGCGACUACGACGUCGUUUCAGAGUUACCCGCCGGCGCCACCGGAUUUGGGGCAGCAAGAUCUACGGCUCUCGCUACAGUCCUUUCAGGACCCUAUUAUGCUUCAUCACCAGCCUCAGAGUCACCACGAGCCGGUGCUCUUUGCCGGAACCGCCGCCGCGGCGCUCGGCUUCGACGGCGGUUCCGGGUGGUCAGAACACCAGCACCAGAACCAUCACUCGGAGGAACAGCGAUUGCUCUAUGCUGGUGGCAACAGUGGCCAUGGCGGUGGGUUUGUGUUCAACACGCCGGCGCCGGUGCCGGCGUUUGGCCAGUUUUUUUCUCAGAGGGGACCCCUUCAGUCCAGUAACACCCCUUCGAUUCGUGCUUGGAUAGACCCUUCGGUCGAUCACCACCACCAUCAUCAUCACUACCUCUCGCAGUUGAUCCACCAGGGUUCCGUCGCCGGAGGCAGCGGAUUCUCCAGUGGAUUCUCCGGCUUCCGCAUUCCAGCACGAAUUCAGGGUGAAGAGGAACACGACGGCGUAUCGGACAAGCCGUCCUCUGCUUCCUCUGAUUCUCGCCAUUGAUUUGAAAAACACAUCAAAAACCCCAACUUUGUUCUUCCUCAGGGUUUGUGGGUUGCAUUGAAGAUGUUUAAAUUGAUGGAGAGAACAUGCAUUUGGAAGAUUAGGAUGGAUGAAUUUUCAAGCUACAAUGGGAAUUCAAGAGAGUUGGGUUUGGAUUUCAGAUGUGUUUAUUUUAAUGGCCUAUAUAUGCCGUGGGAAUGAAGAAAAUCUGAGGUGGAUAUUCAGGUUUUCCAAUCCCUCGGUUUGUUAUGCUUUUUAUGUUUUACUUACGUUUUUCUGUUUAAUUUAAAUAGAACUAGGAGUAUUGUGUUUCUUUUGUUUCAUCUGUAUUGGAUUGCUAUGUUUCCAUUUGUUAAGUGAUUGUGUCUACUUUGUACUUCUUCAGUUUCUUGUUUCUUGUAGUGAUUUGAAAACCAUGCAAAUUAAAUAAAAGAGCUAGUUUGCUCUAGUUAUUGUAUA